AUGAGCGGUCUCGCCGAUCCCCCGUCCAGAAGUCCGCUUAUCCUCACUGCUAUCGAUGCGCCCGGCAAAACCCGCAAGAUUCCUGUCCUUGCCUCCUCCGUUCCUCCCUCCAGCCAGUCCACCGGUGAUCCCAUGGAGGUUACUCCUCCUGCCUCGGGCGCUGCGCCCCCCAUCCAUAGCAGUCCCGAUAGCGAUCGGGCGGGCGCAAGCAACACCACCGCCACCUCCAAUGGCUCUACUGAACCUUCCAAUGUGAACCACCAUGCCGCUCCCACUCAAGCCAUCGGUGCGGCUGCUGCUGCUCAGCAGCCAAAGGUCGUUCAGACGGCCUUUAUUCAUAAGCUCUACAAUAUGCUAGAGGAUCCCAGUAUUCAGCACCUCAUCUCGUGGUCGAGUACGAAUGAUAGCUUCGUCAUGUCCCCGACUUCCGAAUUCUCCAAAGUCCUGGCUCAAUACUUCAAGCACACCAACAUUUCGUCCUUCGUCAGGCAGCUGAAUAUGUACGGAUUUCAUAAAGUGAGCGAUGUAUUCCACACCGGUUCGCCAGACUCCGCUCUGUGGGAGUUUAAACAUGGGAAUGGCAACUUCAAGCGCGGAGAUCUUGUGGGUUUGCGAGAGAUCAAGCGGCGCGCAUCCCGUCAUGCAUUGAUCCAUCGCGACUCAUUUCCUGGUCACAAGGCCGCCGCCUCCCAGCCUGGCACCCCCGCUGAGCCAGUUCCCGAUGUCACCGAGUCCCGCUUGAUGAACCUGGAGCACUCUAUGUAUGACUUGCAUGCUCGUCUACGGAACGCCGAAGAAGGAAAUGCGACCCUUAAUGCAAGAUGUCAAUCCAUGGCCGAGAGCUUAACCAGGUGUUAUCACUGGACUCACUCAAUUUCACGUUUCCUCCAAGGCAUGAUCCCCGAUCGCGAGAGCCUUCUGUAUCGAGACGUGGCCUCCAUGCAGGCGGAAUUGGAGAAGCACCUCGAGGCUGUGCGGGCCCUGGAGCAUCCUCCGGACCCAUACUUGGCCGUCCGACAACCCUACGUCACCGGCAUUUCUGGCGAUGCAGGUCCGCCGCUGUCGCCGCGCCAAAUGCCCCCGGAAGAGAGUCGCCGCCCAUCAAUGCUGGACCCCUCGAGGACCGGUAUGAUUCGGCCCCCUGUCCCCCCUCAUCUGGCCGUCUCUCCGCGGCGGUACGGGUCAAUUGGCGCUGGAAAUUCUUCCCCCAGCUACAAUCGUCCGCAAGUGCCAGCGGUCGUCACUCCGCAGCAACCUAUGCCUCAUCCUCUUUCGUCCGUAUCCUCUCCGCCUGGGCCCAAUCUUGCGCGCCGGCACACUUCGGCGGACAUUAGACAGCAUGGCUGGCCGCCACCGGGAGUGUCGCCAUUCCCUUCCGCACACCCCCCGCAGCCAACGAAUCCCUGGUCUCCCUCUCGACACCGGACUCCGACGUCAAGUGAACAAUCGGUCCGAGAUGUGUUAGCCCAGUAUGAAAUGGGUGCACCGCGGCGUCUGCAGGAACAUCGACACCCAACUCCCCCUUUGCACCCCGAUCAGAACCCCCCAACCGAUAACGGCUGGUCUUUGGGACCUAGAUUCCCUCGACACGAAUCGUCUUUGCCAGCAACUCGACGUUCCAGCAUGGCCAGCAAUGUUCAUUCGCUUCUGAACCCGGCUGAUACCGCUGAGAGGCCGGACGAAGACCAGCAUGCUAUGGCCGAUGAUCGGAAACGGAAGCGAUUGGAAUAA